ACAGCCAUGAAGCUUCACCUACCAACCAGAUCACCUUCCAGCGAGGACCGCCCGCCAUCCUUCAAACCGGACAGCCGUUGCGUCCAGUGCCAGUCUGCUCAAGAAGCAGACUUAUACCCCACACAUAUAUGAGGACUUGACCCCGGAUAUGGACGUUGAGUGCCCGCCACGUUUAAGCCGGACAACAACUGCGUUCUCUGUCUGUCUGCUAAAGAAGUCAACGCUAUCAUCCAGGAACAUGAGCAUAUGUAUGAGGAUUCGAUGGUCUUCCCUUCGAUGUGGACGCUCCCGGUGGUCUCGUCGGUGUCGCAGACAACGUCCUCAGUCAUAUGGGAGACACUCGACCGGAUCCCAGAGUCGCCGAGGAAGUGCCGCUAACCCAAGGGUCAGAUACGCCUCGUUUGCCCCAGCGUCACCAUGGAGCGGUGGACGUGACCGAAGCCCUCAUAUCCGACGAGCAGCGACUGAGCAAACGAGUGAAGCAAGAACCUUCAGCAGAUGAAACCGAUUUCCCGUCGCCCACGGGUUUGGAGACCGCAUCAGAUGCGAGAAUCAAGGAAGAACUACUCCCAUCCGGCGAGCAGUUUUCGAACAACUCACAAGUAAAGCGAGAGGCACCAAAACAUGAGCUAGAAAUGGAUUGGCGUUCGUUCCCGCUCGUCUUUUGGAAACCAAUCACCAGAGCGAGAGUUCUCCUAUCGUCAGCAAUGAAUCGAAUGCCAUAUAUGCAGCCUCAAUCUGCACCAUUCCAUUCUCGUUCUCAGCAUGGUGGGACUGCCACAUCACUACCGAGAACCUGGGAAGAGUACCAAAAGUCGGCGCUUCCUACCCCUCUUCCCCAUCAUAUUCCAAACAGACUCCUUACAAAAACACAGUCACGCCCGGAAUCGAUGGCAGGCAUCACCAAAAUCGUCGAGACGCCGUUGAUGGCGCCACGCACACCUGGAAGUGGCGCACUAUUCCAAAGUCAGCAGGAUCCGUUAGCGGCUACCCGUGGGCCCGCCACGCAAGGAGGUGUCCCGUUCCAUUAAGCUGUUGAGCAAGCGCGGAAAAAACUGAGGGCAUAUCAAAGGUUGGCGUAAUUCCAUAGGGGCGGCGUUUCAGUGUGUUUAUUUAACUUAGGUUCCCCUGAGCAACGCCAGGGCAGUUGAUUAAAACGGGCAUGGCCCGCUGGCGGCCGGUGCAAAGUACCUCGUCGUCGCCGCCGCAAAAGAGAUCUCUCCUGACCGCAACGCCCCGGGAUGA